AUCAGAACAAGCGUCCAUGGACCUGUGGAACUGGGAUGAGGCGUCACUGCAGGAAGUGCCUCCUGGGGACAAGCUGACAGGACUGGGAGCAGAAUUUGGUUUCUAUUUCCCUGAAGUGACUCUGCAAGGGGACACGCCGCCGAUCACACCGAUGAAUGUAGAAGGCUGCUGGAAAGGGUUCCCAGAGCUGGACUGGAACUCCGCUUUACCUCACGAAGAAGUACCUUUCCAGGCGGAGCCCGUUGCUCACCCCCUUCCGUGGUCGCGAGACUGGACAGACCUGGGGUGCAACACCUCGGACCGGUGGAGCUGCGCUUCACAGACGCCAGGCCCCGCCCCUCCGGGCACGAGCCCCUCCCAUUUCGUCGGCUUUGAAGGGGCGACCGGCCAGAAUCCUGCCACCUCGGCGGGAGGGGUCCCCUCGUGGUCGCACCCUCCGGCCGCCUGGAGCACCACCAGCUGGGACUGUUCUGUGGGCCCCAGUGGCGCCACCUACUGGGACAAUGGCCUGGGCGGGGAAGCGCAUGCGGACUAUAAAAUGCCAUGGGGCGGGUCUGCCGGUUCGGACUACACCAGCACGUGGAAUACUGGGCUGCAGGACUGCAGCAUCCCUUUCGAGGGGCACCAGAGUCCAGCAUUCACCACGCCCUCCAAAUCGAGCAAGCAGUCUGAUAGAGCCACAUUGUCUCGCUACUCCAAAACUAACCACCGAGGUCCCAUUCAGCUGUGGCAGUUCCUACUGGAGCUGCUCCACGACGGGGCGCGCAGCAGCUGCAUCCGCUGGACGGGCAAUAACCGCGAGUUCCAGCUGUGCGACCCCAAAGAGGUGGCCCGGCUGUGGGGCGAGCGCAAGAGGAAACCGGGAAUGAAUUAUGAGAAGCUGAGUCGAGGUCUACGUUACUAUUACCGCCGCGACAUCGUGCUCAAGAGUGGUGGGCGCAAGUACACAUACCGCUUCGGGGGACGUGUGCCUGUCCUCGCCUAUCAGGAUGAUAUAGGGCAUCUGCCAGGUGCAGAAGGCCAAUAAAA